GAAACUCGCUAAUCAUUCAUUCCGGUGGUGGUAAUUGUCGGAAGAGCAUCACACCCACAGGCGAAAGUGAAAAACUGUUGUGCAGAAUGUUCAAAUUGGUGGUGUGCCUCUCGGUGUUGGGCCUGGUGGCCUGUUACGACUUCAAAGACUCGUUCUACAAUGAACUGGUCCUGGAGGACAUCCUGGACAGCGAGGACACCCCGACGCUGAUGGACCGCUUCAAGCGAUCCAACCCGGAGAUGGACGACAAAUGCAAGCGCCACCAUAGGCACAAGUGCUGCAACGAUGCCAACGGUGACAACAUGGACAAGUACCGUGAAACGAAGAAGCAGUGCUUUACGGAGGUCCGCUCCAAGGAACGUUCGGCCCGUGGAAUGAUGAAUCCGGUCGAUAUGUUCGAUUGCGAGAAGAUGAACAAAACCAAGCAGGAGUACAUCUGUGCCGUGGAGUGCGUCGGGCGCAAGUUCGACAUCAUCGACAAGGAGGGCAACCUGAUGGGAGCGGACAAACUGGUCAAGUUCACCAAGGACAACUUCGCUGCCGAUCCGUGGCAGGACGCCGUGGUUGAUGAAUUGGUUGCAUCCUGUCUGAAGGAGGUCGCCGAGAAGAAUGAGAAGAUGAAGGCUACCGGAGAUCAUACGACUUGCAAUCCGUCCUCGUCCAACUUUGGAUACUGCAUGUGGCGUCAGAUGACUCUGGCCUGUCCGAAGGACAAACAGGACACGUCCAAGAAGUGCGAGAGGAUGCGCGAACGGUUUGCCAACAACGAGCCUUUCUCCAUGGACCACAAGCACGAUUUCGAUGACUAAGAGAUUACGAUUAGAUUGAUGACUUGAUAUUUUAUGAGUGAAAACAAUUUGAAAUUGGAAAACAAAGUGAUUGAGUGAAA